AUCUCAAGACAAAGUUCAAAAGAACAAAAAUGAAAGACAGUUAUUUUGGAGAACACAAGCUUACCAGAGAGGAUUUUGACUAGAACAUUGAGGAACUAAAGAAGAUUGAGGAAUUUUAAGAGUCGUUUUUGCUUGAACAUAAACAGUUCGUAAGUCUUCUAAACUAAAAAGUGUGCCCCUUCGCUGAUUACUUAAAUCAAAGCGAGAAAAUGGACAACUUUUCAAAAUUGCCAGAGGAAUGUAUCUCUGAAAUUCUUUCCUUAACUUCGCCGGCGGAUGUAUCCGCUUCUUCUACCAUUUCUAAGCGUUUCAAAUCAGCAUCCGACUCCGAUAUUGCUUGGAACAAAUUUGUGCCGUCCGAUAUCGACGACAUCAUUUCCAAAUCAUCCACUCCAUUGCCCUUUGAGUUACCGCCGCCGUCCAAGAAGCAUCUAUUUCUCAGCCUCUCCGAUAACCCGAUUGCCCUUGAUGCAGGCAAACAGAUGUUUUAUCUGGACAAGUGUUCUGGCCAGAAAUGCGUUAUGAUUGCGCCCGCCGAGCUUGCUUUCUUUGGGACCAAUGUUAGGGACGAGUACCCGAUAAGCAGACCCGACCCAAGCGCCAGGUUUAUUACCUGCAGGUUCAAGGAAGUAGCUGAGCUCAUAUUGAAUUUUGGUGUGUUUGACAUUUGCUUCAAAAUGCCAAAUCAAAUGUUGUUAUCCAAGGAAACACAUUAUUCAUGUUAUUUGAUGUACAAAGAAGAAGAUGAAUAUCACUCUGGGGAUAUUGAAUAUAGUGAUUCAACCAUUAACGCCCUUAACGAUGUCCCUAUAAUUGGACAUAACAAAAGGGUUGGAAAGGACGGGUGGGAGGAAAUAGAAAUUAAAUCCUUCUUCAACAACGGAGCAAAUGACGACGAUGAGGAUAUACGAGCGUCUGUUGGUGUUGGUUGGGAUUAUGAGUUUAUGAUCAUUCAAGGUGUCGAGUUUCGGCCUCGUGAUGUUCUGAGAAAAGAUUAUAGCAGCUGUUUUCCUGAUUUAUUCACAUCAAUAUUAAGGAAAUUCAAACUUGGUAAAUUCCCUCCAGGGAUGAUGGAUGACCUGGAUGAGCUACUCAACGAAUUACAUUUGGACUGAAGCUAAUAACAUGCCCUUGACAUCCAAGGAUAUGAACUAUAUUUUAAGCUUCAUUUCAUGCCAUUUUCCUUUAGACCAAAAACAGAGACUAGAGUGUUGCUCGUCAGAUUUUGAAUGGAUUUUAUGUUUAUUGCCAGUUGUUAUUUGAACAAUAUUAUGUUUAUCACUAUCUCUUGGAUCACUACUUAAUAGUUGACUAGUUGUAAGUUAGUUUUAACUUCCUCUCUGUAAGACUCAUUUGGUAGUUCUGUAAAAUAAUUAUCUUAAAAUAUUACGUACUACUUCGCAAUUCAUCC